CAAGAACCUGGAAUUGUCAAGCUUUCUACCUCCUACAAUAAUUUGUGUUUGCAGUUGGUAGCUCUCAUCCACCAGGGGAAAGCCCCUCGAGGGGCCAUAGCACCUAUACUGAUCCAAAGGGAUGGUUUGUUCAAACUAGAUGUAGAUGAUGAUAUCUGGCAGGAUAUUGGUCUUGAGGAUGAUUCUGUUGGAUUGCCACCAGCUUGGUUAGCUGAUGAAAGGGUGUGCUUGGGGAUCAGGACACUCCUUGAGCUGAAGAGGUGUGAGGAGGAAAGGAGGCUCCUGUAUGAAAGAAAAAGCAUGAUGGAAUGGCACUCAGAAGAAUGGAGAUGGCUAGAGAAAUGCAAUGGAUGCAGGUAA